AUGACGGACAGCCAGUCCAGUAUCGAUGAAAUGCCACCUACGCCUACUAAGCCUAGUGGUGGUUCAAGCCGUCGAUCCAAGGAAAGCAGCCUUCGGCGCAAGACGUUCCGGUCACGCCCUUCGAUCGGCAAUGACACUUUUGCGGUCCCCUUGGACAACGACGGUCGCCCAACGAGUAAGUGCCUCUCCAUCUCAACAGAAGCAACCCCGCGCAUCGACAGCUCUUCAUUCGAGUACAAAAAGUCCAAUUCUACCAAAACGCGCAAAUCUCCUUCUACCCAAUGCACGCGGAAACGAACAUGGCAGACCAGCCAAGCUGGUCGCCCAUCUCCGUGUUCGCGGCGUAACAUUCGUACAACUUUUCAUUCCUCUGUUCCUCCGUAUCUUGCUGACCAAUCGACAGCUGCUGGAAGCCUAUUCGGUUCCUCUUCGCCGCAAACUCCGAAUGAGUCGUUUGGCGCACCAGAUGCGAGUAAGCUAUCGAUUACUGGGAACAGGCGUGGGUCACUUCCCUUCAACAACAGCUUCGGUAGCAGCUUCGGCCCAGCGACCCCCACGACUCCCAGAGACUCUUCAGCCUUCUUCAGUAGUGUGCAGGGCGCUAUUCCCAUUGGUCUCACGAAGAACGAUGUGGACGAGGCUCUGAGCUCCCGCUUCCACGAGAUCAAGCCUCUUGAUGGUGGCGAGGGUGAGUUUUCUACAGUAUACCGAGUGAGCAAGCCUGUCAAGACUUCACCCGGAAGGUCGCCUGCAGGCAGCCAGGUCUGGGUCGUGAAGAAGUCAAGGAAACCGUAUACUGGUGCCGGUGAUCGCCAGCGAAAGAUGCGCGAGGUCGAGAUACUGUAUGCCCUUCAAGGCAACGAACACGUGAUGGGCAUCAAGACUCAUUGGGAGUUUGAUUCCCAUCUCUACAUCCAGACGGAGUACUGCGAGGGUGGCAAUCUGAGACGCUACCUCGACACCGUUGGCUUCAACAGUCGCCUCGACGACUUCAGGAUCUGGAAGAUUCUCCUGGAGCUGUUGAUGGGUCUCAAGUUCAUCCAUGAGUCAGGAUACAUCCACCUCGACUUGAAGCCAGCCAACAUCCUCAUCGACUUUGAAGGUGGUCUCAAGAUUGCUGACUUUGGUCUUGCAAGCCAAUGGCCAGCACCCAAGCACAUUGAUGGUGAAGGCGACCGUCACUAUCUUGCACCCGAAGCCCUCAGCGGCCGCUUCGACAAGCCUGCUGAUAUUUUUGCUCUGGGCAUGAUGCUCGCCGAGAUUGCCGGCAACUGCGUGAUUCCAGAGAAUGGCGUGUAUUGGCAAAAGCUCCGAUCUGGCGAAUUCCAGAACGUUUUGCCGAGCUUGACCUGGAGUGCCGCCAGCAGCACUCUCACUCGAGACUCGCACGGUGAUCCAAUUACCGAGGAUUCCCGACCUUCUAUGGAUGGCUUCCUCAUGUCGGACGCGGAUGAAGAUCCGAUGGCUUCCAUUUCGGUCAACCCAGCCUCUAAUCCCGCCGAGGAACUCGCGCGCGCUCCUCGUUUUAUGGUGGAGCGGGAUGACCCAAGCUCCAUGGAUACUGUUGUACACGCCAUGCUCAACCAAGACCCUGAUCAGCGACCAACCGCCGAGCAAAUCCUUCAAUGCUACGGCUGUCAGUGGGUUGACUUGCGAAGGCGUUCUGGUGCUACCGUGUACGAGGGCAACUUUGGCCCAAGUGACGAGGUUCUCGCCACCUACACCACCAAGGACCAGGAUCAGGUUCACAGUGAUGACAUGAUGGAUAUGAGCUAG